CUCGAACCUUUCGUUGUGUUUUCAGAGAUCUCCAGUAGUCUCAAAGGUCCUACAGCCUGUCUUUGGACAAACGAUUCGAUAGAUCUUGGGUCGCUGGUCAACUGGGCUCGGUAUUGGCGUGGACCGGUGUCACUCGUCAUAACAACGAAUUCUGCACCUUCUUCCCCUGCUUAUCAAAACCUUCUGCGCCGCUUAGCUGCGAUCAAGACACUUCCCUCGUUGGCUUAUUUCUCUGUUCAUGUUUUCCAAGCGAAUAUCCAAGCAUCUUUGUCACCUAACGUUUUCCUUAACAUCGGCAGACUCUUUGCACCUACUGACACCGUCAUGAUAGUCCCUGCAGAAAUUUCAACUGUAACUCCUUCUGCUAGGUUGUACCAUUCUGUGUCGGAACAUCUCCUUCACCGCUCGCAAACACUGGCUAUUGUGACGAUCGCUAAAGAGAUAACCUUCCCUCUGGCUUCUUUCUCGCCUCUUGUUCUACCUAAAAAUUAUCCUGUGUGGUGCGCCGAUCGUUUCUUUGUCGCGAGUUCACGCUCCUUGGACUGGGAUGUAUGCCUGUGGCAGAUCUGGCUGGAACAACAAGGCAGAAUUGGACAUGUCAACGUGUCGAUGAGCAAUGCGCCAGACGCAACAGUGGUUCCUCCAGCUAUUAUGAAGAUCCGCCGUCGUCUAACAUCAAAAUAUCAUUCUGAAGCGUGCGAUAUAGCUAUUAAAAAACAGGCUAUUCUAGACCCGCCGAAUUCCAAAAUUGCAAAGAGGAGGAUGCAAUGGGUGAAGACCUUCUGUCGA